UUAAAAAAGAGAAAAGAAUUCAAAAGAGAGAGAGAGAGAGAGAGAGAGAGAGAGAGAGACGGAGAAAGGUAUAAGCAAAACCAAUUGAAUCGCUCUCUGUAAAUUUCUCUUUUUUUCUUGGUAUUAUUAAAAUUAAUUGCUAUUGAUUAGAUCUGAUUGUCAAUCUCUCAAAUGGGAUCCUAGAAAAUUAAAUUCUACAGGUAAUACCGUACUGGUAGUAGUUAGUAGUAGGUGUAACUGUGACAGAGAGAGAGAGAGAGCUAAAGGAAAAUUGAAGAGUUUCCGCUUUAUCUAGAAUAGUACAUAUUACUGGUUUCAGGUUCUCGAUUGAGAUUUGAAUUCGAUGGGUAAAGGAGGGGAGGAUUAUGGGAAAAGGGAAAAGAUAGGGGUAGAAGAGGAAAAUAAAGAAAAGUUUCCAGCUUGGUCAAAAGGAAUUGAAGAAUGUCUGGAGCAAUAUCAAGUGAAUCAUGUGGUUGGAUUAUCUAUUGAAGAAGUUGAAAAAAGGAGGCAGAUCUAUGGUUAUAAUGAAUUAGAGAAACAUGAGGGUGUAUCAAUUUUUAAGUUGAUUUUGGAACAAUUUAACGAUACAUUAGUUAGGAUUUUAUUAGCUGCUGCAAUUAUAUCCUUUGUUUUAGCUUGGUAUGAUGGUGAAGAAGGUGGGGAAAUGGAGAUCACUGCAUUUGUUGAACCAUUGGUUAUUUUCUUGAUCUUGAUUGUGAAUGCGGUUGUGGGUAUUUGGCAAGAGAGUAAUGCCGAGAAAGCAUUGGAAGCUUUGAAGGAAAUUCAGUCCGAGCAUGCUGCAGUUUUAAGAGGUGGUAAGAUGUUAUCAAGUCUGCCAGCGAAAGAGCUUGUUCCUGGUGAUAUCGUGGAGUUGAGAGUGGGUGAUAAGGUGCCUGCAGAUAUGAGAGUUUUAAAUUUGAUUAGCUCCACUGUUAGGAUGGAACAAGGGUCUUUGACUGGAGAGAGUGAAGCUGUGAGUAAGACUAUUAAGCCUGUUGCUGAAAAUACUGAUAUACAAGGGAAGAAAUGUAUGGUAUUUGCUGGAACAACAGUGGUAAAUGGCAAUUGUAUAUGCUUGGUUACACAGACAGGAAUGGAUACAGAGAUAGGAAAGGUGCAUUCGCAGAUUCAUGAAGCUGCACAGAUUGAGGAUGAUACCCCAUUGAAGAAGAAAUUGAAUGAAUUCGGAGAGCUUCUAACUUUAAUCAUUGGAGUUAUUUGUGCAUUGGUUUGGCUAAUUAAUGUGAAAUACUUUCUUAGUUGGGAAUAUGUUGACGGUUGGCCUAAGAAUUUUAAGUUCUCAUUUGAGAAAUGCACUUACUACUUUGAGAUUGCUGUGGCAUUGGCAGUGGCUGCUAUUCCAGAAGGGCUGCCUGCAGUCAUUACUACAUGUUUGGCUCUUGGAACUCGAAAGAUGGCUCAAAAGAAUGCACUUGUUAGAAAGUUGCCCAGUGUUGAGACUCUUGGUUGUACAACAGUGAUCUGUUCUGAUAAAACAGGUACUUUAACAACCAACCAGAUGGCUGUAGCAAAGCUAGUGGCAAUGGGCUCUAGGGUUGGCACUCUUCGGUCUUUCAGUGUGGAAGGAACUUCCUACAAUCCUUCUGAUGGGAAAAUAGAAGACUGGCCAGUGAAUCGGAUGGACUCUAAUCUUCAAAUGAUUGCAAAGAUUGCUGCAGUCUGCAAUGAUGCAGGUUUAGAGCAAUCUGGGCAACAUUUUAUUGCUAGUGGAAUGCCUACUGAGGCUGCAUUAAAGGUUCUUGUUGAAAAAAUGGGAUUUCCAGGUGCACUUAAUGAAUCAUCUUCAGACCAUGGGAAUGUUCUACGCUGUUGUCAACUAUGGAAUACAAUGGACCAGCGCAUUGCAACUCUUGAAUUUGACCGAGAUCGGAAAUCCAUGGGAGUCAUUGUUAAUUCAAGCUCAGGCAAAAAGUCACUGCUAGUGAAGGGUGCAGUAGAAAACUUAUUGGAGAGAAGUUCAUAUAUUCAGUUGCUUGAUGGUUCUGUUGUGGAACUGGAUCAAUAUUCAAGAGAGCUUAUUCUACAAAGCCUUCAUGACAUGUCAACUACCGCAUUACGUUGUUUAGGUUUUGCUUACAAAGCAGAAGUUCCAAGAUUUGAAACAUAUAAUGGUGAUGAGGACCACCCUGCUCAUGAGCUUUUACUCAACCCAUCCACUUAUUCUUCCAUUGAGAGUGAACUCAUUUUUGUUGGCUUAGUUGGGUUAAGGGAUCCUCCACGGAAGGAGGUUCGUCAAGCAAUUGAGGACUGUAAAGCAGCUGGAAUCCGUGUUAUGGUAAUUACAGGAGAUAACAAGAAUACAGCAGAAGCUAUUUGUCGUGAAAUAGGUGUUUUUGGACCUUAUGAUGAUAUCAGUUCAAGAAGCUUGACUGGGAAAGAUUUCAUUGAACAUCCUGAUCAAAAGAGUCAUUUAAGGCAAGAUGGUGGGCUGCUGUUCUCUCGGGCUGAACCAAGGCAUAAACAAGAAAUAGUGAGGCUGCUUAAAGAAGAUGGUGAAGUUGUUGCCAUGACAGGAGAUGGAGUAAAUGACGCACCUGCCUUAAAGUUGGCUGAUAUCGGCAUAGCAAUGGGGAUUGCUGGGACAGAGGUUGCAAAAGAAGCCUCUGAUAUGGUGUUAGCAGAUGAUAAUUUUAGCACUAUUGUUGCUGCUGUUGGUGAAGGCAGGUCCAUUUACAACAAUAUGAAGGCUUUUAUCAGGUACAUGAUCUCCUCAAAUAUUGGCGAGGUUGCCUCUAUAUUCUUGACUGCUGCUUUGGGUAUUCCAGAAGGGAUGAUCCCUGUUCAGCUUCUCUGGGUAAAUCUCGUGACUGAUGGACCACCAGCAACGGCAUUAGGAUUCAAUCCCCCAGACAAAGAUAUUAUGAAAAAGCCUCCUCGAAAGAGUGAUGACUCUUUGAUAACACCCUGGAUUUUAAUCCGUUACCUGGUGAUUGGAUCUUAUGUUGGGCUAGCAACAGUUGGUGUCUUCAUCAUAUGGUAUACGCAUCACACUUUCAUGUUCAUUGACCUGAGUGGAGACGGUCACAGUCUUGUCACCUACUCCCAACUGGCCAACUGGGAUCAGUGUGGCAGUUGGCAAAAUUUCUCAGCAUCGCCAUUCACAGCCGGGUCUCAAGUGUUCAACUUUGAUGACAAUCCAUGCGAAUACUUCCGCUCUGGAAAAAUCAAGGCAUCGACUCUCUCCCUUUCUGUUUUGGUUGCCAUUGAGAUGUUCAACUCCCUGAAUGCUCUCUCUGAGGAUGGUAGUCUUCUGACAAUGCCCCCAUGGGUCAACCCAUGGCUUCUUCUGGCAAUGUUUGUAUCAUUUGGCUUGCACUUUUUGAUCCUCUACGUGCCAGUCCUUGCUCAAAUAUUCGGGAUUGUCCCUCUCAGCCUAAAUGAAUGGCUUCUGGUGGUAGCUGUUGCUUUCCCUGUCAUUCUGAUUGAUGAGGUUCUCAAGUUUGUGGGAAGGUGUACGAGUGGGAUAAGGAAUUCUGGUUCAAGCAGACAUAUAAAGCACAAGGCAGAGUAGAUCAAAAAACAAGUGGAAGUGUUGGUCCGGUAGUGGCUGUGUAACCAACCCCUCUUUAAUUUAAAAAUGAAGGGUUGGUGCGGACAAUUAAAGAUUUGAUUAGAUUAAUGAGACAAGAACUGUAUUUACGUUCAAACAUAGAAAUUCUUUUCCUGUUUUGAAGUCGUUAAUUCCCUAGGUUGUAAUGCCGGCUUAAGGUCCUCAGUCGAGCAUGGGGGAGCACUAUUUUGCAUACUAUUUGAUUCAGAAGUAGCGUUCUCGCCAUCUAAGGCUCCUUUUUAAGGGUUUUUGGAGCGAUUAGUUCUGUUGGAUUGGGAUGUACCUCCGGCGCCAAAACUUGCCCAUUAAUUUUAAUCUCAUUUCCCCCCCUUCGCACCA